CGCUCGUGAAAAUGAUAUUGGAUGAUUAAUGUUGUUUAGGUGUAUACACGUUGAGAGCGCAGUAUAUGUAUUUCUUUACGCGCGGUUACUUGACCAGUCGUAAAGUAAUGGCAGUUGUAAAGGUACUAAGCGUACUGAUUUUUGUGUCUGUGUUUUAUUUUGGGUUAACUCGAAGCGAAGCGAAUGGACCAAAAGUGACGGAUAAAGUGUUUUUCGAUAUUGAGAUUGAUGGGAAGCCGCUAGGUAGAAUAGUCAUUGGAUUGUUUGGCGGGACAGUGCCAAAAACAGUUGAAAAUUUCAAGAAAAUUGCUAUUGGUACUAAUCUAGCCGAUGGUCGAUCUGCUUCAUACAAGGGAAGUGGUUUUCAUCGUGUUAUUCGGUCUUUCAUGAUACAAGGUGGUGACUUCACCAACCAUGAUGGAACUGGAGGAUUCAGCAUAUAUGGUGACAAAUUCCCAGACGAAAACUUCAAGUUAAAGCACAUGGGUGCUGGUUGGGUGUCAAUGGCUAACGCUGGUCCUGACACAAAUGGGAGUCAGUUCUUUAUUACGACCGUGAGAACUUCAUGGUUAGAUGGAAAACAUGUUGUUUUCGGCAAAGUUGUUGAGGGGAUGAGUGUUGUUAAACAGAUUGAAGCAACCCAAACGGACUCUCGUGAUAGGCCUGUAAAAAGCAUCAAGAUCGCAGAAUGCGGUCAUAUUCCCGUUGACGUACCAUUCGCGGUAGAUAACGGUGAUGCAACCGAAUGAAAACUUUGUACUUUCUUUCAUUUAUGUAUAUGGUUAAUAUAGUUUUUUUUAAAGGUUUUUAAAAAGUCUGAUCUAGAUUGAGAAGAAUAUUUCCCAUUUAACUUGUAAUUUGCGCUGUACUGUCAGCCAGUGUGUUCGGGGUCGUAGUUUCUCACCACUUAUUUCAAUAUGGAGGACUGGGUAGCGUCGUCAGUCCUCACAAUGUGACCAGUAGACAUGAUUCUAAGUAACCUGUGGGGUUUUUGAUUACAAGGAGUUCCUGUCUAUUCAUAAAUGACGUCGAGUUAAAUAAUAAUCCAGCAACGUAUAUCUAAAGAUACUAACGUCCAUGGGUUUUUUAAUUUUAGGUGAGGUUGCGGGUGGGAGCAACUUGGACAAAAUAAAUUUUUCGCGUAGGAUGUGAAAUGUUGAAAUAUUUGAACCAGAAACAAAUCUAUACGCUGAGGUUUUUCAAUAGUGACAAUACUGUUUUUUACUAUCAAUUGAUUAGGUGAGCAGGAUAGUAUGAUGACAGUGAUGAGCAAUGUUUAGUCUCUGAAGGAGAGCAAUGUCUUGGUACUAUUUCCCUUAAUUAUUCGACUAGAGCUGUGGCACGGUACUUUAAGCACGGCUUGCAACCAGCAUACACUUCACACUUUUCGUUGGACUUUGAAUACCAGAUGGUGUCUUUAGCCCCUACACAAAUUACACAUGGUUAAUCGGUAACAUGUAACAUUUUAUAAGUCGGUGUGACUCUUGUAAGCUAAAUUAGUCAUGAAUUGUAACUGUUAUAUGCUACUUUUUAAGGUAAAUACACUGUAGCUUUAGAAAAUCACAUCAACUUGUGCAGUUAUGUUUUUAGGAAGUAAUAGAUUUAUGCUUUUCAUAAACUUCAUCACCAUACAGUUAUCCUGUUCAGAUUAGCAGACGAAAUCUCAAAAAACAGUUACAAGAACGACUAGCACUUACACCAGUCAGUCACGUUCCCUGAAUGCAAUAGCUAGUGACUAAAAGCGUCAUCAUUGUAACGCGGUUUACACUCAUGGGAUGUGCAUCCUGCCCAAACGUUUGAGAAUUACUUUUAUGCAUAGUAUUCAGAAAGGACAUGCAGACGGACAGCUUACAUAUAUGUGUAUGAGAUAAAUAACAUAUUUCCUCAGAGGAAAUAAGUUAGGUAAUCAGGUAUGAUGUCACCAACAAAAGUUUAACCGACUACACCUUAAGACAAUGCUUAGAGAACGGUUUGCACAGAUUGUAAUGAUAUUUUCUUUCACUGAAUAGUUGAGUACCUCAUUUGAUCUUGAAAAAUAAAUAAAACUAAACCUGACUAAGUUUUCUCAUGGUAGUUCAAUGCGGGGUGAGUACUAGGCGUCGUAUGCAGCUUGUGCUUCAUUUGGUUCCUUUUCAUCCUAUUGCUUUCUAAGGUUGGUAUACCUUGGUUGUGAAGCGUUUAUCUGCAUUCUAAGCAACAUCCUUAGGGAUAUAUACAGGGGAUUUUUAAGUAAGCUAAGCAACUCCAGUAGAGCAACAAUACAAAAAUCUUCCACAAUCUUAAAUCAACACAAGGGGUUAUAAGACAAGAUGUUAUAGACGAGAUGACAAGUCUCAGCACUACUAUGCAUGGUUAUCUGUUGACUAUUGAACACUUGUCUAAUUCUAUGAAGGUGUGACGUGCAUGUCCGAGGGUAUUAUUCCCAGUUUCUUAUAUUCCGGCGAACUUAAUUUCUUUUUCCUCAUCUGUAACUUUUUACAAAUAUUUAUCUCGGUAGUAGCACCUUUGUGGCUUUUGUUUCUCUGCUUAGCAGGAUUUCCAUCGAAUAGACACUCAUCUAUGCUGAUCCAUAUCUUGAGAAAUAAUUGACAUACUGUCAGAUUCCAUAUUUUCGUACGUAAUUUGUAAUUACGUACCCUUUCCUGUUCCUAGGGUCUGCUGUUAUAUAUAUAUAUAUAUAUAUAUAUAUAUAUAUUUAUAUAUAGCACCUCAGUCGAUAUGGAUGUGCAGUGAAAAUGUAUUUCUCUUAAGUAAAGCCCA